UCAAUGUUUUCUAAUUGGUUUUCUGGGUUUUCUCUAGUUUUAUAAAAUUAAUUAUCUUUAGGGUAGCAAUUUAAUUUUUAUUAUGUCUACAAAUAAUUUAUCAUCAGUUUUAAAAUCAUGUUCGGAAAGUGAACUUAUAAAUGAAGUAGCGGAAGCGAACAUGACACCAAAACAGGUAGAAGGAUCCCGACUAAAACGUACUUUUACCUUGCCUCGCAACCCCUUUGGGACAUCAAAGCCCAGUUCAAGCAAAAGUAAGACCAUUGAGAAUGAUAAUAAGCCUUCAAGCGCUAGUUCUGUUAUAAACGUUACGCAAAAAGAUGAGGGUGGCCUGGAAAGGAAGUUGUUCAGAAGGCCGUCAUGGAAGAUAUUUUUGAAUAAGAUCGCGCAACACAUGAGUACAGUGAACGUAUCUGGUGUGAAAUCUGGCCCUGCUACUGUGAACAGCGACCGUGUUCCAUGUAGUGGGGAACCACCAUGGCCUCCAGGGACAAUCCCAGCAGCCACAGGCAUCAAGAACCAUGGAAAUACUUGCUACAUGAAUGCAGUGUUACAGUGCCUUUCCCAUACGGAUGUCAUUGCAGAAUAUUUUGUUUUAGAACAUUAUAAGAUUGAUUUGCAAAAAAGAAAUAAAAUCAAUUCUAAGAAGUAUGGUACUCGGGGCGAAGUGACAGAACAAUUAGCAGCUCUAUUGAAAGCUUUAUGGUCUUGUAGGUACACACCAGACAUGAGCACAGCUUUUAAGGCUGCGGUUGAAAGGCAUGGUAACCAGUACAGGGGAAAUAGUCAACAUGAUGCGCAAGAGUUCCUAUUUUGGCUGCUAGACAAAGUACACGAGGAUCUUAAUACAGCAACAAAGAAAAAAUACAAGACUAUUAAGAAUACAGUAGGUAAAUCAGAUGAAAUUGUUGCAGCAGAAACUCUGGCAAAUCAUGCUCGUAGAAACAGUUCUUUUGUUCAAGCUGUUUUUCAAGCCCAGUAUAGGUCGGCACUAACAUGUGCAAAAUGUGAGCGUACUUCAUGUACAUUCGAUCCAUUUCACUGUGUAAGUGUGCAGCUACCCACUAAACCGGCGACAGCCCAACCAUCCCCUCUGCCUGUUAAUGUUGUGUAUGUAAAUCAGCAACCUCGACAAGUGCGUAUUGGAGUUGAGUUGCCGCCAAACUCUACAAUGGACGACCUCCGCACAGCAUUACACGGUGAUACCGGCAUUGAUCGUGACCAUAUUAUAUUAGCUGAGAUCAAUGAAAACGGCUGGUGUACCGGACGGGCAAGUUGGGAGCCAGCAGGCAUAGAGCUAGGUGCUUUGUACUGUGUGGAAGCUCCACCGUUAUUGCAGCCUCCCACCACUCCUUAUUUGCUGUUGUUAUGGGUCAAUAUGAUCGACGGGGACCGCUUUGGGUCGCCAUACGCGAUGCAAGUGCCCCGUGAGAUCUCUUACGAAGACCUACAAAAGUUGAUGCUAAAGGAAAUGUGUCAGGUGAUAGCAGAGUGUGUGCUCGAGAACGCACAGGGGAAUGACAUAUUCAGGGCCAGAAUUGCCGAAGCGCAUCGGCCUAGAGAUCCUGCGUAUUUGCUGCCAGAGCUACCACACCCACUGUUUGCAUUGGAUGUAGAGCAAGCGUUGUGUGCACACGACAAGUAUCCCCACCUUCGUCUCGAGUUACUCUGGGAUCCAGCUCACAGGGACAGCAUAAUCCGCGAGUCUGGCGAGGCGUGCGAGGUGCACGUGUCAGCAGCGGGCGCGGCCGUUCCUCUGACACUGCACGCCUGUCUCGCGCACUACACCCGCGCUGAGCAUCUCGCGCAAGAAGACGCGUGGAGAUGUCCACAGUGUCAGAGAUACAUGCCUGUUGUAAAAACUCUUGGUCUAUGGUCUCUUCCGGACAUAUUAGUUAUACACCUCAAACGCUUUCGACAGCAAGCCAAAGGUCGUACAAGUACAAAACUAACAACAAUGGUAGAGUUUCCAGUUAACGAUUUCGAUAUGACUCCCCACCUAGUGCGAAGAAACCCAACUAACGCUGAAUCACCGAGUCAUUCGCGAUCACCGAGACGCAGACAUUCAAAGCCCUCGAAUAAUCCACACGAGAACAUAUACGAUCUGUACGCAAUCUGUUAUCACCAUGGUGAUGAUUUGGAAACGGGCCAUUAUACAGCCGCUUGCAAAAACCCUUAUGACGCCCGAUGGUACAAAUUCGAUGACUCAAGGGUCACCCCGGUAGAUGACGAGAACGUCUACACCGACCUCGUCAACAAUUCAGCGUACAUGUUGUUUUAUAGACGCAAAAAACCCAACGUUGUUCACACCUGUUCCACAGAGGAAGGCGGACAUUGGGCGUUAAGGAUGCCCAAGUUUGCGAAACUGGCAUCGGAAAGUCUGAACGAAAUAACCGAAGUCAAAGAAGAAAUUGUCGAAGACCCGAGGCUUGAUUCCGAUGUCAAAGAUUCUAGAAUAGCCAUUGUCGCACCUAAACCGAACACGUCACCCUCCAAAAGUAUUUCAAGUCUCGCCGAAGAUAAAACGAGUUCGAUACAUGUGACUGUUAUACACAGUUCUACGUCUAUAAUCCAGUCACCUACGCUCCAGAGGCCGCUCAUUGUGGAAGUGAACCGCGAUUUAACGAACGAAGAGCUGAGCGACUAUGAAAACGAAUCGAGCAUGUCGAUUGAGCCAUACAUCCACAAGGAUGUUCAUGUGAAUCCAAAAAUGACCCCAGUCGAUACAAGACGACCCCGGUCCGUCGAUUAUCCGGCCAGGUCAAGUUCGUCACCUUCGUCAAGGGACUCCAAUAGGAACUAUGAAAGUUCUCCGCUGGUCGCAAGUAUUAAUGAAGUCGAAUAUCACCCCACAACGGAAGAUUUGAUGUUAUCUAUGUUUCAAGAGUCGAAGUACAUUGUGCCGAGACAUCACAUCACCGGGGAAUCUCAUAGGACAGGUGAGAAAUCGACCGUAUGGAAAACUCGAAUAUCCACAUGAGAGCAGCUGAGACCCUUUUUAAUUUGUAUAGAAACCCCUUCCCUUUAUUUAUUUUACCAAUACCCGUAGAUCUGAGAAUUCCGUGUAGAUGUUUGAUGUUUUUGAAUAGUAACAGUGUAGUUAUAAUUGUGCGAAAUGCUAGAGUAAUGCUUGAGAUGUUCAUUUAUUAAGAAUACUCUAUUAUAAACAGUUCAUUGAAUACAAUACGAGCUUCCAACGAUGAAUUACGGCUUAGGAUUUAUUUAUCGACAUAGUUAAAAAAUAAAAAAUAGGAUAAUACGUAAGCGAUUUGUCAAUUUUUACUUAAAUAAUCAUAAUUUAUGUACUCAAACGGCCUAUGUUACGAUGUGCUGGAAAUUCAUAUUUAGAUUAAUCAAAUGUACCUAAGAGAGUCCUUAGUACGACUUCACGAUACGUCGGUGGUUUUAGGUAUCAAAACUCUAAAACCUCGAGAAUAUAAAAGACUUCAUGCGUUUUGUUAUAAAACUGAAAAUAAUGCACCAAAAACAAGUGCCUCUAGCAGAAUCUUUGUGAAUAAAAAUCUUUAUUACGGAUUUUAAAACAAGACAUUAUGAUCAUAUUUAAACGAAUACUAUUGACGCUUAAGAGAUAGGAAUGUCUAUAUUACAAGAUUACAUAAAAUUUCGGUGAUGUGAAUGCUGUGAGUAUAAUGUACCAACGCGUCUCUAGAUUUUAGGGAGAGCCAUUUUGCUAUCAUCACUAGUUCAGUACUUGUGUAUUACUGACAUCAAUAUAAAUAUAUUAUUGGCGAAAGUUAAUCAUUUUAGGGGCAGUUUUUUUAAAUAAUUUAUUUCAAUCGUUAAAAACUCCCAUUGAAACUAUUUAUGAUAAACUAGGGUAAGGAUUUUAUGAGAAUCUAGUUCCACUGAUGUGUAUUAAGGUAGACAGAAUGUCGGUCGCGAACGUUUUGAAUAAGCGCGACUGACGCGAUGUACUGCGACUAACGCGGUAAUUCGAAACGGUAUUAAAACGCGCCUGUCGCUGAAAAUUCAAAGCCGGUGCCUUUUUUUUAUUAAAAAUGUCAGUAAGAAAACCUGUGUGUACAUGUCUUUUUGAUAACUGUCCAUUAUUAGUCAAAUAGCUCGUUUGAAUAUAGAGAACUUUUAUUAGAUUUAUUUUUUUAAAUAAUUAUGUGUUCAUUUUUGUUUCACGCACUACCGACAAUAAAAUUAGUGUAAACUUCAAGAUAAGGGUCAAAAAGCAAGAUGGCGUACAGUCAGUCCUAUUUAUACUUGAAAAUGCGUUGAGAAGUUAAUGUGGUGUUCGAGUAUGUAUACUGUAGAAAAUAUAAUAUUAAUAAUCAACAAUAGUAUGUUACAGCAUAUAAUAUAUAAAGAUACAAUACCACACUUGUGCCUUGGCUAUAGGGUGUUAAUUUGUAAUUAAAAUAGAAAAAAAAAAUGUUUACAUUGUACGAUACAUAUAUUCCGUACGAAAAUUUAAUCAAUAUUUGUAUGAAAUGCAACUGAGAUAAACGGUAUAUAGAUUAUAAUUACUAGUUUUGUUGCGUCAUUUUUAUGAAUAAAAUGAUUGAAAUGAUAAAUUCAAUAUGAGGGUAAAGCAGUGUUGGAAGUCGGAUCAAACUUUGUAAUAACCGAUUGUCACUUUGGUUAAAAGUCUCCUAUAUUCAAUAGGGGAAACGUUAUAGUAAAUGCCCUGUACCUGAUGGAGUUAUAUGCGCCGUAUAUUGCGAAAGAAAUACGAACCAAAAUACGCGUAACUGUGGCGGUAGAAGACGAGAUCCACAUUACUUUUUUUGUACUUACGGAAUUUGUGUGUAUCAUAUUAUUGUGAUCAAUAAAAGACAAGACCGAAGUGCCGAUCGAAAAGCAUUGCGUGUUAAAUCUUCUGUCACAGUGGGUAUUAAAAUAUGAGUUACAAGUAUUUCUGGUUUUUAUUAAAUGAAUUAAAAAAAAAUUUAACUUAAUUUUAAAUAAAAAUAAAACCGUAGCGGCGUGCGUUUAAGAAUGAUAGAGUUGAAAUACUGGUAGGUUAUAUUUGAAUACUAAAGCGGUGAUUAGUGAAGUCUAGUGGUUAGAAGUUUAGCUUAGUUUUCAAGGCGGCCGAGAUAGAUGCCCGGCACUCAUCUCUGUUACUUUUCGGAGUUAUGUGCUUUUUGCAGUUUAAAGUUAAAGUCACGGCGAAGGAAAACAUCUUCGGAAACACCUGAGAGUUUUUGAAAUUGUCCUCAAAGGCGUCUGAAGGUCCAGCAAUCCGCACUGGGCCAGCUUUGACCCGUGUCCUGUAGUUGGACGGUAAUCGGGUUAUAUGAUGAAGAUGAACUAGUAUCUUGGUAUCGUUACGUGCAUUCAUAACCCUCACGUAACGAGAGCGCGAUUUAAAUGAUUUUGCGCUUGCUGAUCUGGCCUCUCAUAUUAUAGAGGUAUGCGGGGGGCAUACCUCUAUAAUAAUAUUAUAAUAAUAAAUAAUAAGACUGCAUCUCUUCUUUCCACUGCUUUGUCCUCAUGGGUAUUUAUAACGCGUUUUGUGAUUAAGCAGAUACUGCAGCUCGUUUAUAAACAUUGUAUAAUUUGCGAUUACCUAAGUAUUUGUAACAGUGAACAUUAUCAAUGGUGAAUAUAUUUUGCAAACGUAUAUUAAUUUAAGAAUAAUUUGUGAAAUAUUGUGUAUAUAUAAAUAUAUAAAAUAUGUGGCUUUGUAAUUUGUUUUAUACAUAAUAGAUAUAUACGUUUUUGUACCAAAUGAUAUUCUCUGUUUGGAUUAAACGUCGAAUGUAAAUAUUGGAGAUCUUUUUUCCAUAACGGAUGUAGGUAAGAACUAAUGCCACAAUGUGAUUUUAUAAUUAAAUUUUAUUGAAAUUGUUUUUUAUAAAAGACAAGUAUAAUAAGAGUAAUGUAUAAUGUUAUCUCAUCAUUUACUUUACAAAUAACUUAUUUACCAAUGACAUAUUAUUAUAAUAAAGCGGUAGUAAACUGUGAAUUGUCAUACAAAGUUUAUAUUGUAGACAUGCUAAAGGAGUUUAUAAAAAUAUGUUUUGCGGUCAAAUAAAUUAAAUUAUGGCAAACUUAUUUUAUUAAUCAAAAGUAAAAUAAGUAAGUCAUUGAUGAUUUACGUCAUUGAUGAUUAAAGAUAAAAUAAAGAGUUAUUGACUUUUGGUGAUUUAUAAAUAUUUUGCGGAACUUGGUACAAGGUGCAAGCUUUUUAGAAAAAUUUGUAACAGCCCUUAGCAUAAGAUUGACACGUUCAAAAGUUUUAGCCGGGUCCACAUACCGUCGUAAAACUAACAAUACCGCGGAAGUGAAGAGACCUAAGUUUUUGGGAUAAACAACUAGCACUUUCUUACCAUAUUAUAGGUAAUAAUAUAAUAAAAUUGCUGAGAAAACCGGUAAUUAUUUAUUAUAACAAUAUACAUGAGAGAAAGGCUUAUUGUGAGAUUUAUUUAUUAUUUUUAUUUUUUAAUUAUUUAUUGUACCUCCUAAAACCUGCUAAUUUUACUUUUUAUACGCGACGAUAUGUUUAAUUUGCUCGAUCCUAUCACCGUAGCCGUAUCAUAAUCGCAUGUUAUGUGGAUAGGGCUGACACGCAUUCCUAUUAUACGUGGUCUAGAUACGCCGCGCCGCUCUGAUAUUAUAUGUGAUACGGUCCGUUCUAUGUCAAGUCAGUUUUUGUCUGAACACCGCAACAAGAAAAGUGACAAUUUAUUAUAUGAUAAAUUGAAAUGUGUCCACAAUAAGAUACGAAGCUUCAUACAGCAAUGGUGAUCGUAUCGGGAAAAUUUAAAAUAAUCUGGAUCCGACUUUAGAGCCGUUUACGAGUAUGGAAACAUUAUAGCGUCACGCUAAAAUUGACCUAAGGUUUCUCGUUUUAAAGUCGUACAUUCUUUACUAAUGAUUCUAUUUCACAAAUUUUCAACAGCGCUAAAUGUAUGAAUGUGAAACUGAAGUUUUACAGAAACUGGCCCUUUUACUCUGACCUUACAUUGUUUUAAUACUCGACCAAUCUUUAACUAAGGAUGUUGAAUAAAUUGCGUCUUAAAUAAACGUCAAGUUACAAUGUGUUCUUACUUCAUAUCUAAUGCUGGAUGUGGUAUUUUGUUUGACAUGAAGCCACGAUGUUGAAUGUAAAUUUUUAAGUUUACUGGCAUAUUUUAGAACAUAAUUUAGUUACAUAUUUUUCUAAUUCUUGUUGCUUGUUGUUCCUGGUGUUAAAUAAUCUUGUUAACCUUCGCUUUCGGUUAUUUAUUUUUUUAUUUAUUUCAAAGAUUUAUCGUGUCUACAACUUUUGGAAAGUCGACUCAAACCGUUUUAGCGUUCUUACAGGCAUACGGCACCUCGUUGACCUCACGGUCAACUGCUGCCGUCGACGUCAAAUAUCCGCUACCAAAAAUUUUCGACGGCUGCAGUUACAUCUACCGUAACGUACCGUAUUGGUCUGUAAGAUUACUUAAGUUUAAAUGACUGGCUCUCAUUUUAUAGUUGUGGACUAUGGCGGCCGUUUUGUUAAAGUAACCUUUGAUACCUAUAUGCUGUGUUUAUUAUUCAUUAGGAUGGGCAUCUAUGAUCGAAUAAGUAUUACAAUGUCCAUGUAGUACCUAAAAGAAAGCUACCAUUAGCUUUCUUUUAGAGGACAAAGAGGACAUUAAAACGUUUUAUCUACAAUAGUACCAGCGGUUUUAGCGUUAUGAUUUUUGUCUAUCUCAUAUUUAACUUAGAUAACCAUGCCUUGGGUAGGUACGUUUCUUAGCGUAUGAGAUGUUCCAUGGUAAGAAGCCGUAAUAAGCAGCAGUUGGUCUUUUCAUAACUUAAAAAAAAUCUAGUUUUAAUUUCAUUGUCUACCCAUUCGAAAUAUAUAAUACGAAACUACAACUCGAAAGAGCGCCAUCUAGUUACAAUGCUGUUUCCCAGUAGUGUCACUAGGUGGCACUAUUUCGAUUCCAUACAAAUUAUAGCUAAUAUACUUUUAUUUAAACAGUAUCACGAAAAGACGAAGUCGAGACAAUGAAAGCCGAUAGCUUCUAAAUAUAUUUACCAUUGAGAAUCAUUUUAAUAAUAGUACCUAUGGUAACAAUCGAUUUAGUAAAAGUUACACUUCCAUAAGUUUAACUUUUAUAGUGGUUAUCGUAUUUUAAAACUUGUUUUUUUGUUCCUCUGCAAGUACAAGUCCUUGACUGCAAUCUGACAGGUGUAAUAAACCCUGUAUACUGAACCCAAAGUAGGAUCUCUGAACU